GACCCUGCCCUUUCCUUUCUGUCGCCCGGUCUGUGGAUUUUGUUGUAGGUUCUGGGACUGCUGACAAUGGGAAGCCUUCUCCACGGCCUGCAAUGCUGACACCCCUCACCCUCCUGCUGCGUAUCAUUGUUAAGUGGUCCCUGAUCACCCUUUGAAUGUCUGUAACCAUGGCCAAGCGUGAGACCGGCAGCACCAGCCCUGUGGUCCGGCAGAUAGACAAGCAGUUCCUGGUCUGCAGCAUCUGUUUGGACCAUUAUCACAACCCAAAGGUCCUGCCCUGCCUGCACACCUUCUGCGAGAAAUGUCUACAGAACUACAUCCCUCCCCAGUCUUUGACGCUGUCCUGUCCAGUGUGCAGACAGACCUCUAUCUUGCCAGAGAAAGGUGUGGCAGCCCUGCAGAACAACUUCUUCAUCACAAACCUAAUGGAAGUGUUACAACGAGACCCAGAGUGCAGCCGACCUGAGGCCUGUAAUGUCCUUGAGUCGGCCAGUGCAGCUACAGCCUGUCAGCCCCUCUCCUGCCCCAACCACGAGGGCAAGGUGAUGGAGUUUUACUGCGAGUCAUGUGAAACAGCCAUGUGUCUGGAGUGCACAGAAGGGGAACAUCGGGAACAUGUGACAGUACCUCUGAGGGAUGUGCUGGAACAGCAUAAGUCAGCGCUAAAGAAUCAGCUGGACGCUGUGCGCAACAGACUACCUCAGCUGACGGCUGCCAUUGACCUUGUAAGUGUGAUCUCCAAGCAGCUUACUGAGCGGAAAAAUGAGGCAGUGACUGAAAUCAGUAACACUUUUGACGAGCUGGAGAAGGCCUUACACCAACGCAAGACUGCCCUCAUUACAGAGGUGGAAAACAUCUGCAGCACCAAGCAGAAGGUGCUUCAAGCCCAGCUGACCUCUUUGCUUCAGGGCAAAGAGAACAUCCAGAGCAGCUGCAACUUCACAGAGCAGGCCCUGAGCCAUGGCAGCGCCACGGAGGUCCUGCUGGUCCAGAAGCAGAUGGGUGAGCGGGUCAGUGCCCUGGCGAGACACACCUUUCCUGAGCAUCCUCACGAGAAUGGACAUCUGGAGUGCCAGGUAGAGACGGAUGGACUGAAGCGCUCCAUUCAGAACCUGGGAGUCCUGAUCACCACGGGGACUGUAGGCCACACGAGUGUCGCCACCGGGGAAGGCCUGCGACAUGCACUGGUCGGCCAGCACACUUCUGUCACAGUCACCACUAAAGACAAGGAUGCAGAACUAGUGAAGACUGGUAAUGCCGCUCUGAGGGCAGAGAUCAUCUCUGCAGAUGGAGCGUGCACUGAAGCGGAGGUGACGGACAACAAGAACGGCACCUACGAGGUUGGAUACACCAUCCGCUCAGAGGGAGAGUUCACCUUCUCUUUGCUGCUGUACGAACAGCCUGUGAGGGGGAGUCCGUACCGUCUGCGUGCCGUCAAGCCGUCCGAUGUCCUGCAGUCACCAGACGAUGUGAAGAGAAGAGUGAAGUCCCCGAGCGGGGGAGGGGGUCAUGUUCGACAGAAGGCUGUGCGCAGACCCUCCAGCAUGUACAGCACCACCAAGAAAAAGGAAAACCCAAUAGAGGAUGAGCUGAUCUACAGAGUGGGAACAAGAGGGCGAGAUAAAGGAGAAUUUACCAACCUACAAGGCAUCUCUACCGCCAGCAAUGGACGGAUUGUGGUGGCAGACAGCAACAACCAGUGUAUACAGGUAUUCUCAAAUGAUGGCCAGUUCAAGAUGAGGUUUGGGGUCAGAGGUCGUUCACCGGGGCAGCUGCAGCGCCCCACAGGGGUCACAGUGGACGUGAACGGUGACAUAAUUGUGGCUGAUUACGACAACAGAUGGAUUAGCAUCUUCUCCUCAGAUGGAAAGUUCAAGAGCAAAAUCGGGGCUGGGAGAUUGAUGGGACCGAAGGGCGUGGCUGUGGAUAAGAACGGACAUAUCAUCACGGUUGAUAAUAAGGCCUGCUGUGUCUUCAUAUUUCAAUCAAAUGGGAAGCUGGUGACAAAGUUCGGAGCCAGAGGAACAUCAGACCGACACUUUGCAGAAAAAAGUGGUGCAAACAUUGCACUGGAACAAAAGCUUAGUAAAUCUGGCCCUGUUUUCAGUCCUCACUUUGUGGCUGUGAAUAACAAAAAUGAAAUUGUGGUAACAGACUUUCACAACCAUUCAGUCAAGGUUUACAAUGCAGAUGGGGAGUUCCUGUUUAAAUUUGGCUCCCAUGGGGAGGGGAAUGGACAGUUUAAUGCUCCAACGGGUGUGGCUGUGGAUGCCAAUGGAAAUAUCAUCGUGGCUGAUUGGGGCAACAGUCGGAUCCAGGUGUUUGACAGCUCAGGGUCCUUCCUGUCCUACAUCAACACGACAGCGGACCCUCUUUAUGGCCCCCAGGGCUUGUCCCUCACCUCUGAUGGUCAUGUGGCAGUGGCAGACUCUGGGAACCACUGCUUCAAGGUCUACCGCUACCUACAGUAGAAACCUGACACCGCCAUCUUCACCACAGCAAGCACUGACAACGACACAACCAAUGUAUUCCACAGGGUGCAAUGACCUUUCCAAUGCAGCCUUUUGAUGUGCACAUCAGCUGUUCUCCUGGAUAUAAUUAAGUGUCUGAGUUUACCCUCCUUUUGAUGUGUAUUGAAGGUUGUUUUUGGAUAAUGUAGCAUCCUUGGGACAAGUAAUGGACAUAAAGCUAUAAACAGAUUUAGAGAACUUUCAAAAGCUUUUUUUUGUCUUGUACGCUGUUGAUGGUAUUAUUACACGAUACUUUAUUUGAGACCGGGCAGGGUAGGAUAUAGAGUGAAGUAUUACAUGAGCCAUAACUUGUUCAAUUGCAUGACCUUUUAUUUUAUCUUAAUGCCUAGCCAACAACACAGUGUACACAUCGGUUGCUUUUCUCAUAAACUAGUUAAUGCUUACUGUAAAAUUAAAACGGCGCUACGCUUCUCCAGUAAGGAAAUAUAUAAAAUGUUUUAUUUACUGACUACUCACAUAAAGAUAUCUCCACCAUCCGUGCAUUGAUUUGCUGUAUGUAAUGUAUAUACAUAAAUGUAUAUUGUGUAUAUUAGAUCACUCCGUAUGUAUGUGCUAUGAUUUUGAAAUACGCAGCCUUUUGGUUAUACAGAGAACAGCAGUCAAGGAUUCUAAACGUGUUUAUGGCAGCUGUUAAAAAAGUGUGCUUUCCAAACAUACCCAGCACAUGCUUAAAUGAAGUGUCAUAUUUAUUGCUAAUGUAAGCAGCACAAUAUUUGUUUUUGUUAAUCUCUAUUGUU